AUGUCGCAUGAAAAGUCUUCCCCGUCGGAUGAAAUGCACCAGCUUAGCCAAGCGGAGAUAGAUGCACGUGUAGCGGGUCGUGGACAGUUGCUGCCCCGCUUCGACGGUACCCCCGAAGAGUGGCCCCUGUUCAUCGAGCUGUUCCGCACCUCGACGAUCUCCUGCGGCUACACGCAAGCGGAGAAUGUGCUUCGCUUGCGUAAACAUCUGCACGGUAAAGCUUACGAGGCGGUACGUUACUUGCUGCUGCACCCGUCCACCUUGGAAUUGGCGAUCGCGAAGCUAGAAAUGCGAUUCGGCACCACGAGACUUAUUUGUAUGUCUUUGCUGAACAAAAUGUGUGACCUUCCGGCACCGAAGGGGGACGAAUGGACGACGGUGAUGGAUUUUGGACUGGCCGUAGAGGGUAUAUGCCGUGCCAUCAGUGCAGCGGGACACGUGGAGUAUUUGAAUGAUUUCCAAACAUUGGAGGCGUUGGUUCAGAAACUGCCGGAGGAUUUUCAGCUAGAAUGGGUUAACCAGAAAGCUAAUGUACGACAUCCGACACUGAUCGAGUUUGGUGAAUGGAUAGCAAAUAGGGCAAAAAUUAUUUCGCUCACGUAG